CACAGUGGAGGCAACACGUACACUCUUCCGCUCCCGGCCCUUCCCCCACGCACACCCCGAACUCUACCCCCAAACGGAGAGCCCCCCACGCCCCCCCUGUGGACUUGUGCCCCCCUCUGAGCGCCGGGCCAUGGGGGAGAAGGGGGGUGGGGGCCUGGAGCGGGGCGGGAAGGCGGUUAACAGGCCACACUCUUCGCUGUGAGGUGGGGAAAAAUGUUAAUGGAGUGCCUUGAGUAAUCAGUUUCCAUUCUUCUGUCCGGCGCCGCGAGAAGACUUGGUGUGGCUUGACUUACCUGCACGGACGCACCUGCUCUUUGGGACGCGAUGGGCAGGGGCCAGGGCGCGCAGCAGCCCACCAAGGGCGUGGGGGGUUACCGACCCACCAUCAACUGGCGGGAGAUCGCGGUGCGGCGCAAGCUGGUGGCGAACAAGCAGGUGCUGGCGUGCAUCGUGGUGAGCGGCGUGGUCAUCGUCACGACCGGGGUCAUCCUCACCGUGCUGGGCUUCCUGGUCAUCAAGAGCCAGUGUCCCUUCCUGUGGCGGGAGCGCGCGGGCUUGUGCUACUACGUGGCCAAACACAACACCACCUGGGAGGACGGCCGCGCCUACUGCACCUCCCAGAGCGCCGCGCUGCUGCACCUCCACUCCCUCGCCGAGGCCGACUUCGUGACGGAGUUAAUGUCGGGGCGCAGCUGGCUGGGGGCGCGCAGGAAGCCGGGGCAGCAGGAAUCGUGGAAGUGGACGGACUCGGGCGCGGCGCUUAACUACUCGCGCUGGCCCGGGGGGAGCGUGCCCGCCAGCCUGAGCAGCGACCUGUGCGCCGCCGUGGAGCCAAGCGGAGAGUGGAUAGCAGUGGAAUGCGAUGCCGAUGAAACAGCUUACGUGAUCUGCGACUAUACGCCAGGCUACAACCCCUUCGUGCUGGUGGGGCCGGUGGUGGCUGGCUGCGGCGUGGUGGUGCUAAUCCUGAGCGUGGAGGUGUGUAUCCGCCACCGGGAGUCCAUCAGCAAGAACCGAAAACUGGGCGACCAGGAUGAAAGCGACAGAGAGGUGGACGAGGGCAUCAUUAACUACGGCUACGGGAACUUUGGGGCGGAGGAGGAGGAGGAGGAGGAGGACAAGAGGAAAAAGAUAGCGGAAGAGGAAGCAGAGAAGAACAAGGACCUCCAACGAAUACAGAAGGUCGUGGUGUCGCCGGGGAAAACGAAGGAAGAGGAGACGAAGGAGGAGGAGGAGGAGAAGGAGGAGGAGGAGGAGGGGGAGGAGGCUACUGAAGGAGGGGAGGAGGAGAGUGGAAGCCCUAAGGUGGAGGUCGUCCCCGCCUCCCCCUCCCCCGCCCCCCUUUCCAUUCCCUCCGUUGACGAAAAUUCCCCUUCGCAGGAAAAUCUUGAGUUACUCCUCUCACCUAAAACCCUGGAGUGACCCCCCUUCCCAUUCUCUCUCUCUCUCUCUCUCUCUCUCUCUCUCUCUCUCUCUCUCUCUCUCUCUCUCUCUCUCUCUCUCUCUCUCAAAAUGGACAGAAGAAACCAUGUAAUAAUAAUAAUAAUAAAAAACAACAACAGCAAAGAAAACGAGUGAUAUUUUGACUUUAUUUUUUGCUUUGUUUUACUUCGCACAUUUUUUUGGAAAGUCGAGGAGGAAGAAAAGAAGAAGAAGAAGAAGAAGAAGAAGAAGAAGAAGAAGAAGAAGAAGAAGAACUAGAAGAAGAAGAAGAAGAAAGACAACUACAAAAUGUGUGACUUCAAAUUCCUAUCAUUAUCUCUCUCUCUUCCUUAUCAUUAUUACCAUUAUUAUUACUACUAUUACUAUUACAAUCAUUAUCACUACUAUUAACCCCAUCGUCAUCAUCUUGUGUUCCUUGUUCCUUGUUGUCAUCGUCGUUGCUGUUAAUGAUGAUGAUGAUGAUGAUGAUUUAUUUAUGCAACUCUGUACCGCCGGAAUAGACAGGUAAAUAGACAGCUGAUUAGACAGGUGAUCACUAGAUGGACAGGUAGACGGUAGCCAGGUGGAGGUAGGACUGACUGUGAUAGGUAUUCUGGAGUUGUUAGUGAGGCCUUACUGUGUUACUCUCUCUCUCUCUCUCUCUCUCUCUCUCUCUCUCUCUCUCUCUCUC